ACAUUGUCCAGUUCACUGUUUUUCCAGCAAAUUUAACAAAAGCUGUUAUGGGAACAAAUAUAACAUUAGAAUGUGUCGCUCAAGGAAUCAAAUCAUUACCGAAAAUAAAUUGGUUGAAAAAAAGAGAUGGCGGCGGAGAAAAAGUUAUCAGUGAUUCGAAAAAGUAUCGAAAGAUAGCUGGUAAUCUAGUUUUAACUUCAAUCGACGAAAGUGACUCGGGAAUUUACAUUUGUAGAGCAUCAAUGGAUGAUAUUUCAAUCGAGACAAGUGCCAUUGUUGAUGUUCAAAGUACACCUCGAUUCGUGAAAAGUUUACAAAAUGUUAAAGUAGACGAAGGGAAAAACUUUACUCUUGAAUGUCAAUCAACAGUUUUACUUUCACGAGCUGAAUCUUUGGAUAAUUCAAGAAUUUCAGAAGCCGAUAAAUCAAUUAAUCAAAAGAAUCCGAGUACAAUCUCUAUUCUAGAUGAUAUAUUUAAACCCAAUGGAGGUGGAGAAAACAAUAGUAAAGAAAGAGAGAGAGGAAGAGGAAGGAAACGUCAUGGUAAACCAAUGAUACCGCCAAGUAAACCUAAAGUCAACAGGUUAUCAGAUUAUUCGGUUAUGGUUUAUUGGGAACUUUCCAACAAAACGAGUUUACCUGUUUCAUUUUUCAAACUUCAGUACAAAGAAUCGGGUCCCAAAAGUACAUGGAACACUCUGUCUGAAGAUAUCGCACCUUGGAUAACAACACAAACUGUUUCUGGUCUUGUACCUGACUCGAAAUAUCGAUUCAGAGUUAUGGCAGUUUUUAACAAUUCAGAUUAUAGAGAAAGUCCCGUUUCCGAUAAAUUUCAUCUGAUUCGAACUAGCAUGUUGAAGAAACCCAAAGACGCACCGAACAUAAUUGCAGUUGUACCACAAAGCUCUACACAAAUUCAAGUUAUUUGGGACAAUUACAAAAAAAGUUCGACUUCUAUUGAAGGAUUUAUUAUCCAUUAUCGUGCAACCUCAUCCGCGGGUGAUUAUUUCCAGAUUCAGUUUUCCAUGUAUUGGUAAACUUAGUUCAAUUAGUAUUGCAACUUUUUUCAAAGUAAACUCUGUCACCAAGUGAAAAUGGCUGAUCAAUACUUGCCAACGCAUUUUGUUAAGUAGAGGCUUUUAUUUUAGUGUUAAUUGUCACACAGAAACAUGAGGCACCCAUUAUAUUUAAUCAACUGUUAUAUUGUCA